CUUUGAGUCUCAAGACCUUCAGGUCGGCAAUUACUUGAACCGGCUCAGAUCUUGUGGUUGCGCAGUUUUAUCUGGGAGAAAUUAUGUGCUGACAAGGUACCUAUGAUACCCUCACAAUUCACAGCUACGCAAGAGGAGCUAUCACUGGCAGAUAUAAUUCUGUCAAAGGCUCUUGACGGUCAGAUAAAGCGUGAAGACCCCGCAGCUGCCAAACUCGAUGCCGAUACAGCAGUGAAGGUGUUUCUUACAACUAAAUUAUCCCCGCAAGUCCUUUCAGAGAUAUGGAGUGAAGCAGAUAUUGGGGAGAAAGGAUGGUUAACGAGGCAAGAACUGACGGUCGCGCUAAGAUUUAUCGGUUGGGCUCAGUCCGGGCGACGUAGUUUCGAUCGCGAUCUACUUUCAAAAGUACUCCGGCGUUCACCACUGAACCUCCAUCAGCAUCUCUUACGAAUCCAACAACACCAGGAGAUCUUGCUCAGCUGAAGAAAGCAGUGUCACAAAACCCCCACGUUGCGAAUUCGAUCUACUCAUCCCCAAUUACUUCUCUCAUUCCUUCCCCUGCGUAUGUUACUCCGGUGGACCUACAAGAAUGGAAUGUACCUGCAACUUUUAUAUCUCAUUCCCACAAACUUUUCGACCAAAACGACCACUUGCAGAAAGGUUACCUUGACGCUGAGACUGAAGUUUCACCGUUGUAU